AUGGCUUCCGCUAUCCUUGCCUCUCUCUUCCAUCCUUCGGAAGUCCUUGCUUUGGUGCAAUACAAACUUGCUCCAAAAGCAAAUUACGACUACAGUAGCAAUAAGACUAGAGAACGUCUUUACUACUUCCUGAACAUGACCUCACGCAGCUUUUCUGCUGUCAUCCAGGAGCUGGAUGAGGAGCUCAAGGAUCCUAUCUGCUUGUUCUAUCUUAUUCUUCGAGGGCUUGAUACUAUUGAGGAUGAUAUGACUAUUGAUUUGGACAUAAAGCUUCCUCAUCUCAAGACCUUCCAUGAGCUCAUUUAUCAGAAAGGUUGGAACUUUACAAAGAACGGUCCCAACGAAAAAGAUCGCCAAUUGCUUGUGGAGUUUGAUGUUGUCAUCGAUGGGUUUUUGCAGCUGAAGCCCGCAUACCAAAGCAUUAUUGCUGAUAUUACUAAACGUAUGGGCCAAGGCAUGGCGCAAUAUGCCACGGCGGGGAUCCAUGUGAACACAAUUGCAGAUUAUGAUGAAUAUUGCCACUAUGUUGCUGGUCUGGUUGGCUUGGGAUUGAGUGAGCUGUUCAGCGCUUGUGAUUUUGAAUCACCCACUGUUGCCAAGAGAAAAGAUCUCUCUAAUUCAAUGGGUCUCUUUUUGCAAAAGACCAACAUCAUUCGCGAUUAUCUCGAGGACUUGCGUGAUAAUCGUCGCUUCUGGCCUAAGGAGAUCUGGGGCAAGUACGCAGAUAAUUUCGAGGACUUUAUCAAACCAGAAAACAAAGAGAAUGCUUUGCGAUGCUUGAACCACAUGGUCUAUAAUGCUCUGGGACAUAUGAAGGACUGUCUCGAAUACCUCGGCAUGAUUAAGAACGCCUCCUGCUUCAAGUUUUGCGCUAUUCCUCAAGUUAUGGCUGUUGCCACUCUGAACAUGGUCCAUACCAACUAUUCAAUUUUUACACACGAGAACAUCAAGAUUAGGAAAGGCGAGACUGUUUGGUUGAUUAAGGAGUCGUACAACAUCGAUAAUGUCGCGGCCAUUUUCAGAAUGUAUGCACGCCAGAUUAAUAACAAAUCUAAUCCAUUGGACCCUCAUUUUAUUGAUAUUGGCAUCCUUUGUGGAGAGAUCGAGCAAGUUUGCGUUAACAAGUAUCCUGGAUCUACGGCGGAGCUUAAGCGCUUGCAGGCAGGAGUGAUGGCAGGCACUAGUGGCACUGUUCUAACGGCUGCAGCUGUUGUUGCAGGUGCUGUUGCUUUGAGGAACACAUUCGCAUAA